AUGGCGGAUUGGGGAGCAGUGAUCAUGGCGGUGGUGCUCUUCGUGCUGCUGACGCCGGGGCUGCUCUUCCAGUUGCCGGGUCGGAACAGGAUCGUGGAGUUCGGCGGGUUCCAGACCAGCGGCGUCUGCAUCCUGGUCCACAGCCUGGUCUUCUUCGGCCUCAUCUCCAUCUUCCUACUCGCCGUCGGCGUCCACGUCUACGUGGGCUCGUAG